GCCGCCGCCGCCGCCAUGGAGCCGCCGCUGCGCGGCCCGCCGGGGCUGUCGGCCGUGCUGGCGAGCACGGACUGGUCCGAGCCCUGGCUGCUGGGGCUGGCCGCCUUCCACCUGCUCUGCUUCCUGCUGACGUGCGUGUCCCUGCAGCACCGCCGGCUGCAGGUCGGGCACUUCCUCUGCAUGGUGGGCUUAGUGUACUGCGCUGAAUAUAUCAAUGAAUUAGCAGCCAUGAAUUGGAGGCUCUUUUCUAAAUACCAGUACUUUGAUUCAAGAGGAAUGUUUAUUUCACUUGUAUUUUCAGCGCCACUGCUUGUGAAUACUAUUAUAAUUGUGGUCACCUGGGUUUACAGAACUUUGAAUGUAAUGACCGAACUAAAGAUGCUACAGCAGAGAAGGAAAGCAGAAAAAGAGAAAAAGAAGUGAAAGCACCAAACACUGCUUUUCUUUCUUCAGUUGUAGUAAUGCCUGUCCAGAUCAUCAGUCCUGUAUGGGUAUGCAGAAACAGAAGUAUUUUUGUGUCCGGUGUCAAGACGACUUUGUAAUUGUGGCUGUGGACAUUGAGGUGAAGGCAGGUUUCUACAGUGCAUUUGAAUUGGCUGUGAUAUUAUGAAACCCAGUCUUAACAAGUCUGUGCCCUUCAGUGUAAGGUUGUUUUCCUCCAUGACCAAGGCUGUUAGUAUUGAUGAGACACAAUCUUCCAGUUUCCAUUUGCCCGUGUAUAUUUUUACUAUGUCUCUUAUUCUGUGCUUAUCAAGUAUCAGUUAUUCUGCUGCUUAAGCCCAUUGGAGCUGUGUUAUGAAUUACAGUUAAUGAGAGCUUUUAUUCAGAAUAACUCAGGAAUCCAUGCUUCUAUGAAGCACUUCACUUCUUUAUAAAUCAAGUUUCGUAUUUCCUAUAUGUACUGUGUGCCAGUGGCAUUUUAUAAAUAAAACUAUCCAUUCAUUGCAUCUUAAA